AUGAUAUCCGCCAGCCUGAAGCCCCAUCUCAACACAGUCAACACCAAAAUGGCCAUCCCAGAGCUGGAAGCAGCCGAAGCUGAAAAAACCACCCAAGAGUCACGCGUCCUAAUCAUCAUGACCGGCGGCACAAUCUGCAUGCAACCCUCACCAGCCGGCUUCGUCCCAGCGCGGGGUUUCCAAGAAAAAUGCAUGGCGCCCGUGCCAACCUUCAACGACGGUUCCGCCAGCGCAACAAUGGACGUGCUCGUCGAUGUACACAAGACCAAAGAACAUCCAAGCCUACGCACACCAAUGACAGCCUAUGCGCGACAGGUGCGGUACACUGUUCUCGAGUUCGAAGAACUGCUUGACAGCAGCUCGAUUGACGCAAGGGGCUGGACUCAGAUCGCUGAAGCGAUCGAGCGGAAUUACACGUUCUUUGACGGAUUCGUUGUCCUGCACGGCACGGACAGUCUGGCGUAUACUUGCUCGGCGCUCAGCUUUAUGUUGCAGAAUCUCGGGAAGCCGGUUGUUCUUACUGGGUCGCAGGCGCCGAUGCUUGAGCUCCAGAAUGACGCUACGGAUAACCUGCUCGGGUCGUUGGUUGUUGCGGGUCAUUUUAUGAUUCCCGAGGUGUGUUUGUAUUUUAAUAAUCGGUUGUUCCGGGGGAAUCGGACGACGAAAGUUGCAGCGAGUGAUUUUGCCGCGUUCGAUGCGCCGAAUUGUGCCCCGUUGGCCGUUACGAAUUCUAUGCGGACUAAUGUUAAUUGGGAUAUGGUGCAUCGUCCUACGAGCUUGGAGCCGUUUAGUAUUCUGACGAAUCUGGACACUACCCAUGUUGCUUGUCUGCGGAUCUUCCCUGGUAUCAAGCCGGAGAUGGUGGAUGCGGUGUUGAAGCUGGAUGGCUUGCGCGGGUUGAUUCUGGAGACUUUUGGCGCAGGCAAUGCGCCCUCUGGUCAGGACAAUGCCAUGAUCAACGUCUUGGCCAGUGCUAUCCAGCGGGGGAUUGUUAUCGUGAACAUCACGCAAUGUCUCACUGGCAGCGUCAGUCCAGUCUAUGCCACAGGCAUGAGUCUCUCGCGAGCAGGCGUCGUAGCCGGUCUCGAUAUGACAACCGAGGGCGCAUUGACGAAACUCGCCUAUCUCCUCGCACUACCAGAAUCCACCCCGGAAUCCAUCGCCAAACGCAUGUCAGUAUCCAUCCGAGGGGAGCUCACCGAGUCAUCAUUACCUAUCUUCCGACACCCGAACGGCGCACUCUCCGAGCGCAUCCAGACACUCACCUCGAUGGGCUAUGCGAUUGCCCUCGGCGACCUGGAGAAGGUCCAAGCCAUCACCAAGACCGAACACCACUGGCUCCUGAACGACGCCGAUUAUUCCGGCAACACGCCCAUCCAUCUGGCAGCAACAUCCCCGUCUCUCCAAACCCUCCAUUUCCUCCUAUCGCAAGGCGGUUCCGUGCACCUCCGCAAUCGCGCCGGCCGCACCCCGCUCUUCCUGGCCGCGAACGCGGGCCUCUCGGAGCACACGCUCCUCCUCCGUAAAUCCGGCGCUCACCUGCAUUCGGACGAGCGACCAGCUGCCGAGCUGCUGGCGCGUCAUCGUCCUUUCGUCUGGGGUAUGGCUGGUGUUGGGCCGAAAGAGAUAAGCCAGCGGGAGAUGGAGGAGGAGUGGGAAUGGGAUGCUAGUAAGAAUCGGAUGAUUCCUGGGUCGGCACCUUAG